AUGCUCCUAGUGGCCAGCUACUACUCCCGGCUCAACUCGGCCCUGCCCGUGGUCACCAAGACCACCUGGAAGCUGGCCCCCGCCCCCGCCGGCCCAAGCCCCGCCCGGCCCCACGCCGGCCGAUCCACCAAACUCAUCCUCAACCGGCCACCAAGCCAGCCCACCCCACAAGCCCCAGUCCCGCCGCCCUCCGAGCCCCUCCCGCCCCCCGCCUCCGCCCUCUCCGUCGCCGCCCAGCCCUUCCAGCCCGCCAUCCCGCCCCCCCAGCCAGACAACCCCGCCUCCCUCGCCCCCCCGCGCCACAUCUUGGCCCCCUCCCCCGUCUCCCAAGCCGCCGCCACCCUCGGCAACCUGCGCCUCGCCCCGACGCUGCCGGCCCCUGCCGCCGCCGCCAGCAAGCCGAACGAGCUCGUCAUCAACGGCGUCUCCUUCGUCCGCGACACCCAGGGCAAGAAGCUCGUCCGGAAGACCAGUCAGUCUCUCUCUCUCUCCAUGCCCCUCGCGCUCAUCGGCGGCACGACCUACGUCCGCACCAAGUCCGGCAACCUCGUCGAGCUCAGCGCGCUCAAGAAGUUCCAGGCCCAGAGACUCCACCAGCUCAAGCGCGCCAAACUCCUCGCCUCCGUCAACGCCAUCAAGGCCAGGUACACCCCCGCCGCUCGCUCGUACUCUUCUGUCCACUCGUGGGACCCGUCUAAGAAGACCACCCUCCACUCACGUCAUUCUAAACUUGCAACCAAAGUCUCGCGACCACCAUUAAUUAAAAAGAACGAACAGUGCCGAUUUUUUGCCAAGACCGGUGCCUGUCGAAACGGUCUGACGUGUGUUUACCAGCAUGAUCCAUCGCAGGUAGCGAUCUGUCCGCGGUAUCUGCGGAAGAAGUGUUCGUACUCCGCCAACUCGUGUCCGCUCUCGCACAAGCCGAACCCGCACAACAUGGAGCACUGCUCCCACUUCCCCCGAUGCAACAAGGCCGAGUGUCCCUAUCCGCACGUCAAGCCGACGACCGCGCAGAUCUGCCAAGAGUUUGCCGACCUCGGCUGGUGCUCGAAGGGCGCCCAGUGCGCCGAGCGGCACGUCCGCGAGUGUCCCGAGUUCAGCACCAAGGGCACCUGCUCCAACCCGGGCUGUCGCCUGCGCCACAUGAUCAACCGGAACCACAAGCCCGAUGGCGACGACGACGAGGACGACGAGGAGGGGGAGGCGGGCCAUCCGGACGACGACCGGCGCUCGGCCGCCGGGCCCGGGGGGUCGUCGGAUGCAGAGGCGCCCGGGGGGUCCGGCUCGGCCGGCCUGUUCUUCACCGACCUCACCGGCUCCGACCGUCCCAAGGGCAAACGCAAAGCUCCCAAACCGCCCCUCGACGCCCACCCGCACCGCGCCUUCACGGGCAUCAGCCACAACACCGAGGUCAACCCCGGCGCCAAACGCGCCAAGUACGACCAGAUGGCCGACAACUCGGACUUCGUCAUGUUCAUCUCCAGCGACGAGGACGCGCCUGGCGUGCGCAAGCCUGCUGGAUGCUCCGCCUCUUCCUCUGGGGAGGACGAGGAGGAGGAUCCGAGCAGCGUCGAUAGCGAGGAGCUCGAGAGCGUGUUCACCGACCAUCCCCUCGAACAAAGAGAGGAAGACAGCAUCCCAGCAGCAGCAGCAGAAGAACGAGACCAAGCACAAGACGCAACCGUCCCAGCAGCAGCAGAAGAAGAAGAAAGAGACCAAGCACAAGAAGCGUCCGGCCCAGCUGGACCCGAGGAAGAGGAAGAAGACGACCGGCCGCUCCCGACGCCCACCCACCCGCUCCCCCCGCGCCCCUCCUUCCUCCUCCCCCCCGCCUUCGAGCCCCUCCAGCCCGCGCUCAUCCCGCUGCCCCCCAGACCCAAGCCCUUGCCUCCUCGCCACCGCGCGGCUCUCGGGCCCGGCGAGGAGAUCGAGGAGGGCGAGAUCUUCGACGACGACGAGCUCCCCCCGCCGCUCUCUUCUGCCUCAGCGAUGAAGACGACGACGACGACGACGACGACGUCCAUGCCGUCGUCGACUAGAGACCCCCGCCGCCGUCUGCCCCAGCCCCGCUCUCCGCUCGAUCGCCCCCAGGACCCCGAGCUCUCUUCCGACGACGACGACGACGACGAAAUCGUCGCCCGUCUCCUCCUCGGCGCCAGCUCCCCGUAA